CCUUGAAAAUAAAAAAGAUGAAGAUAAGGAAUCUGAGAAUAAGAAAAAGGAAGAGAAUGAAGGCAACAAAGAAAACGAAGCUAAAGAAGCUAAAGAAGACAAAGCUGAAGAAGCUGAAGAAGAUGAAGCUAAAAAAGAUAAUGAAGAUGAAAAUAGCGAGGAUGAUGAUGGUAAGUACAAUGAAGAUAAUGGCCCAAAG